UUGCUUUACGGACAAGCGAGCGAUUGCGAGCAUUGCGGUGCGACACUCAACUUUACAUCCUGUUUAGAAACCAAGAUGGCUGCUUCCAGUUCUGUGCUUUCCAUGUCCAAACUCAUCAAACCCCUUUGGGGUGGACGACUGGGCAAUACGGUUAAAGUGUUCGGGCCAACGCUGACAAGCCGUCGGGAGAGGUCAUCGGCUGCUGGAGAGAACAUACCGCUCCCGGCAAAAUAUGGAGGCAGACACACAGUCACCCUCAUCCCAGGAGAUGGUAUUGGACCAGAGCUGCUGAAUCAUGUCAGAGAAGUUUUCAGGUUCAGCUGCGUGCCUGUUGACUUUGAGGUUGUGAACGUCAACUCUGCCAUGACCAGCGAAGAUGACAUAAAUAAUGCCAUUACCGCCAUCCGCCGUAAUGGAGUUGCCCUUAAAGGUAACAUAGAGACAAACCACACUAUGCCCCCCUCUGUCAAAUCCAGAAACAAUCUGCUUCGCACCAGUCUGGAUCUGUACGCCAAUGUGAUGCACUGCCAGUCCCUCCCUGGGGUCCAGACCCGACACAAGGAUAUUGACAUCCUGAUCGUCAGGGAGAACACAGAGGGUGAAUACAGCAGCCUGGAGCACGAGAGUGUUACCGGGGUGGUGGAAAGUCUUAAGAUCAUCACCAGGACCAACUCCCUCAGGAUCGCAGACUACGCCUUCAAACUGGCCCGGGAGAAAGGUCGCCGCAGGGUCACCGCUGUCCACAAGGCCAACAUAAUGAAGCUUGGUGAUGGUCUGUUCUUGCAGUGCUGCAGGGAGGUUGCGUCUGGAUACCCGGAUCUUCAGUUUGACGCAAUGAUUGUGGACAACACGACCAUGCAGCUGGUGUCCAACCCGGAGCAGUUCGAUGUGAUGGUGAUGCCAAACCUGUAUGGCAACGUGGUGAGCAACGUGUGUGCCGGGCUGGUCGGAGGCCCCGGCCUGGUGCCUGGGGCCAACUACGGCAAGGACUAUGCAGUCUUUGAAACGGCUACAAGGAACACGGGGAAGAGUAUUGCCGGCAGGAACAUCGCCAACCCCACUGCCAUGUUGCUGGCCAGCUGCAUGAUGUUGGACCACCUCAAGCUCUACGAGUAUGCCAGUCUGCUCCGUACUGCGAUCCUAACCUGCAUGAACGAGACCAGGUUGCACACUGCUGACAUCGGGGGGCAGGGCACCACUUCUGAGGUUGUCCAGUCCAUUAUGAAGCUCAUCCAGAGUAAGGGACAGCUCACCACCGACCUUUAAAUACCAUGACCUCCCAGGCAGCCAAUCAUCAACCUCUAAAUAAACGUGGACCAACAUGCGUCUAUAUUGCUAUUGUUAAGCGCACAAUAAUAAAUGGCGGGAGGGUUAAUGUAUAUGCAUGCGGAUUGUAUCAAUGGUUUAGAAACUGUUACUUUUGGGUGUGUUGGUGUUCAGUUUACUGGUCCCCUACAUUCUGUCUUAAAACAUAUUUAUUAAACACAACUCUUCAUGCAAUCACUGUGAUCACAUGUAUCAGGUAGUGAUGCUUCUAAUUUACUGACUCCUCAUCGUCUGCUGGGAGAAAUUGUCUGUCCGCACACGCUUUCUCUGGAGAAUGGACAUCUGAAGGCUAUGUUUGACAAGCAGUUGAAAAGUUUAAGUACUUUGACGUCCCUCAUGUGACUGAGUGGAGAUCAGAUCAUUUGAUUACGCAUCACUAUGUGUAAUAGCUGGGUGGUGUUUCCCAUUUGCACUCCCCAUUUGUUUCCUGCUAUAUGUAUCAUUUUUUUGAUUAGUUAUAAAAUAACGUCAACAUGAUGUUUGUGUGUAAAUGUACAACAUGAAUAUAAUAAAGAGGUUAUCAAAAGUA